GGUCCCUGGGGCGCGCUGGCUCCGGAGGAUUCUUGGCGCGCAGCCCAGGGGACCGUCCCUUCCCAGUCCCUCGGAUUAGGCUGACUCUGCUCAAAUCUUCCACUCUUCGGAGCGCGCGUUCCCGCGGACUGCGGAGACGAGGCGGCGCUGUGGCAGGUGCCCUGCGUCUCCAGGCCCGGCUGCAGCGCGAGAGACGUUGUCAGCAUCCCCCGGCCCCAGCAGUAGGCCUCUGCAGCCAUCUUCAGGGAGGGAAAGUGCGCAGAAGGCGCGGCCUGGGGACGUGGACCCGCCCCCGCCGCCAGGGCCGCCCAGCUUGGCCCAGCUGCGCGCUCGCCCAGCAGCUCCGCGCCGGGGCUCCGACUUCCCCUCCCAGCCGCGCUCGCGGCCUCGAGCUCCCCGCCCGGCCCGCAGAGCCCGCAGAGCCCGCGCUGUGGCCGCCCCGCGCUCGCAGAGGCCGCCAUGGGCCCCGCGCGCUGGCUCGCGCUGGGCAGCCUCCUCGCCCUGGGCACGCUGCUGGAAGGCCGGCUCGUGGGCGAGGAGGACCCCGGCUUUGGAGAAUGUGACCAGUUCUUCUAUGCCGAGACCCCGCCUGCGGGGCUGGCGGCCGAGGGCCACGUGAAGAUCUGUCAGCGCUCCGAGGGCACUGAGCGCUUCGCCACCCUGUACAGCACCCGGGACCGCAUCCCCGUGUACUCGGCGUUCCGCGCCCCGCGCCUGGCGCCCGGCGACGCUGAGCAGCGCUGGCUGGUGGAGCCGCAGAUUGAUGACCCCAACAGCAGCCUUGAGGAGGUGAUUAAUGAGGCUGACGCCAUCACCUCUGUGAGCAAUCUGGGAAGCAAGCAAGCCCUGAACACAGAUUACCUGGAUUCUAAUUACCAGAGAGGACAGCUGUACCCAUUCUCCCUUAGCAGUGAUUUCCACACGGCCGCAUUCACUCUCACAAAUGCAGCUCCGAUGACCCCAUCUUUCCAGGAACGGUGGUACAUGAACCUCAACAGCCUAAUGGACCAGGCCCUGACUCCACAGUGUGGCAGUGGGGACGACCUAUAUAUCCUCACAGGCGCCGUGCCCUCAGACCACAAAGUCAAAGACAAAGUGACCAUCCCUGAGUUUGUUUGGCUGGCAGCCUGUUGUGCUGUCCCUGGAGGAGGCUGGGCCAUGGGGUUUGUCAAGCAUACCCGGGACGGUGAUGUCAUAGAAGAUGUGAUGGUGAAAGAACUCGAGAAACUGCUUCCAUUGAACCCUCAGCUGUUCCAGAACAACUGUGGUGAAACAGAACAAGACACAGAGAAAAUGAAAAAAAUCCUGGAGAUGGUGAACCAAGUCCAGGAUGAAGAACGAAUGGUGCACUUGAAAGAAAAGUCCAGUCCCCUUUCCAGCCCAGAGAGCGAGCAGUCAGCUCUGCUGCCUCCAGAGGCACCUGAAGAAAGGAGUAGCUUAUUCGGAAAAUUCAUGGGCUUCAUCACUUCCCCAUUCAUCAAGCUCUUCCAAUUAAUUUGUUACCUUGUGGUAGGAAUCCUGAAGAGCAUUGUGUAUUUCCUGUGGUAUGUCACCAAGCAGGUGAUUAACGGCAUACAAAGCUGCCUUUACCGCCUAGGUUCAGCCACCGUCUCGUACUUCUUGGCCAUUGGGGAAGAGUUGGCGAGCAUUCCCUGGAAGGUACUCAAAGUCAUAGUCAAAAUCAUCAGGGCCAUCCUGCGGAUCCUCUGUUGUCUGCUGAAGGCCAUUUGUCGCAUCUUGGGCAUCCCUGUCCGAGUCCUUGUAGAUGUGGCCUCUUUCCCUGUGUACACCAUGGGUGCAAUUCCAAUCGUGUGCAAGGACAUUGCCGUGGGACUUGGUGGCAUCAUCUCUCUGCUCUUUGACACUGCUUUUGGCACCAUGGGUGGCCUCUUUCAGGUUGUUUUUAGCGUCUGCAAGCGAAUUGGCUACAGGGUUACUUUUGAAAAUUCUGGAGAGUUAUAGAACUCAAAACACUAAUAGUGUCCAGUCACCGUGAAUUUGAUUUUUUUUUUUUAAAUA